AUGAAUUUCUUAGCAGACAGAGUACCUUUGUUGAACUUGGAUGACCUUGAAGAAGAGUCAUCUUCUGGUUAUGACUCUCCAGUAUUUGUAUCCGACUCGGAACCCAGUUUGUCGGCAUCGAGAGGAGAAUCAGAUCACAGUUACAGCGGUUCUUCUUCAGAGAAUGACAUUUCAAGUGAAAGUGACGAUGAAGGUGAUGAUUUAGAUGACCUUGAAGAUCCUGGUGAAACUAUGCACGUGACCAGUACAGAAACAGUGGUCAACAAUAUCAAGUACAUAUUGUCUAUGCCACAACUUUGUGAUGUCACAUUUGAAAUUGGACCACAACGCUUCCUUGUCUAUGGUUUAAAGGCAGUCAUUGGGUCACGAAGUAAAGUACUUCAAGAUAUGAUGCUACAACAGAGUAGUCCACAGAUGCAGAGAAAAACAAAGAAAAACAACAACCAAAACAUAUCCAUACAUAACUACGACAUUGAUGUAUUUAGACAAUUUCUCAACUUUGUACACACCGGAAGUGUCGUUAUGGACGUAACUACAGUUGUUGGAAUAGCAUGUGCUGCUGAAGAAUAUGAUGUUCCAGAGUUAAGUGAUGCAUGCUUGGGGUAUUUGAAACGCUGUUCCACAACAACAACCAACAAACCAGUACUUCAGACCGAGGCCGACAGAUAUUCUGGUCACCAAGUUGCAAGGAAGAUUAAGAGCAUACUUAUGAAGGAAGUGAGUCAACUGAAAAGAAGAGAGACUGUUGUUUAA